CUUUCGCCGAGCUUCGAGCACCCCGCACCCGCAUCCCGCUUGCAUUCUAGUUCGACCGUCCACGUUGUCAACUGCGAAUAGUCUUUCACUCAGCGUAAACAUAACACAGAGCCUGUUAAUAUUAAAAUAAUUAUUAUAGUUACAUUUUGCCGAGGUAUAUUUCGAAAUUACAAUGCGCAAGAUAAGGUCUGGUGUUAAAUAGUGACGCGGUGGACAUUCAAUAAGUGUUGAUAUCGUCGCGAGGUCAAAGACUGCUACAAAACUGUAUAACUUUAGUGUCUUAUUUCCAGUGAGAUGUUGGGGAAGAGUUUUGGUUGACAGAUUGACUGUUUUCGUCUGCUCGGACUUAUUGCGAAUGUGUAUUGAAACGUUCAUCGCUAUCCACGGGCGCACUGCUAUGCGCCACGACUUGGUACAUUUUAUUCGACACACAUCUUCUGACCACUACUGCGAAGGAACACUUUAGUUAUUCGAGCUGAUCGCUAUUGAUGGCGUUGCUUUGCAUCCGUGGCGACUGGUACCUGUAUAUUUGGCUGAUAUACUGCAAGAUCUAUUCGGCAGUCGUAUGGCUUGUCGGCAAUCACUGCCGCGGAGCUGAUAAGCGGGCCGUGAUAACUGCCGGAGCCGGCCAGUCGUCUGCAAGCCUCCACAGAGUGCGCACGCGUCGCAAGAAAUCGCAGCACCAUCGUGUCAAACACGUAGUCGCGUUAGUGAGGAGACCGUCAUUGAGGCGAAUCGUCAUGGCACCAGGAGCGAGCACCGCGCACACCAUGAUGGAAGACAAGGAGAAGGCACUACACGGCGCCUUGGCCACAGUGUCGAUGCGUUCACGACGUAUUAGCCAGUUCGCUCCACUGCUGAUCGCGCUGGUGGGACUGCCGGCUCGCGGCAAGAGCCAGCUGGCGCACCGCCUCUCCAGGCACCUCAACUGGAAUGGAGAGAGCACCAAAGUGUUCGACUGUAGCGAAUAUCGUCGCAAACACAUGGCUUUGUACGGCAGCCAUGACAUCUUCCGUGCUGACAACCAGCAAGGUUCCGCAAUCCGCCGGCAGAGCGCCCGCGAGGCGGUACAAGACGCUGUACUUUGGCUCAAAGAAGGGAAUAGUGUCGCUAUAUUCGAUGGUACGAACAUAACACGUGAGCAACGUCGCGAGCUAGACGAUUAUUGUCAAUCCGACAUGGGCUUCAGGAUUCUCUUCAUCGAAUGCGUCUGCGAGGAUCAAGAGUUGCUGGAGAGAAACAUCAUUGAGAUCCUGCAUUACUCAGCUGAUUACAAAAGUAUGAGUGAAGAGGAAGCGGUUGAUGAUCUGCGAAAGAAAUUGGAACACUACAUGCGUCAGUAUGAACCAAUAGACGGGAAUCUAGAGACCAUUAGCUUUGUCAGAGUUGAGAAUAUGGGAGAGACGGUGACAGCGCACAAAGUGAUCGGACAAAAGGAGUCCGGAAUACUUGGAUAUCUGUCCGGAAUGAGAGCUCUGCCGCAGACUUUGUAUUUCACUCGGCACGGUGAAAGCGAGUACAACGUGGUGGGUCGUAUUGGUGGUGACGCGGCGCUGUCCGCACGCGGUCAACUGUACGCGCGCGCGCUCGCCGAACAUGUCAACGCACUUGCUGGCCGCGAACCUCUCACCGUCUGGACAUCGGAAUUACGGCGCACCAAGCAAACAGCCGCUGAUAUCCGAGCACCAAAGUACCCGUUGCGAGCACUCAAUGAACUGGACGCUGGUAUUUGUGAGGGUCUGACGUACGAGGAGAUGCAGGAGCGCUUCCCGCAGGAGUUUGCGUGGCGCGACCAGGAUAAGCUGAGAUACCGGUACCCUUGGGGCGAGUCGUACAUCGACAUAAUGACUCGACUGCGACCCGUGCUCGCUGCUCUGGAAGACGACCACAAUGUUGUAGUCGUCGGCCAUCAGGCGGUACUGCGCUGCAUGCUCGGAUACUUCCUUGAUGCUAAGCUUGAUGAACUGCCGUACAUGAAUGUGCCUCUACACACUAUCGUCAAACUAACCUCUUACGGCUACAAGUACAAAGUUGAGAUGAUAAAAUUGCCCAUAGAUUGUGUGGACACGCAUCGCAAACAGCCCAAGAACUGCUCAAUAAACCGGAGCACAGCUGAGGCCCUGGUGACUGUGCCCUCUCACUACGACACGCUGCCUUCCAACUUGUGGCAGAAUCCCACUGAGGCGCAGCUUUAGGUGCCGAGAUCGCGCCUCAGUGCACGGGGCGCUUGAGUACCACGUCAACAUUACGACACGGGGAACGGAAAUCCUCUAGUGUGCAGGCCCUAUCAGCCCAAGAAGGCCCAAGGCUCACCGGGCUUUAUCUGAGCCUUGGAGGCCCUUUUUAAGCCUAAGGGGCCCUAUUUAGGCCUAAAAGGCCCUACUAAGGCCUUGAAAUCGUUACUUGGGCCUUAUAAGGCCAGGUCGAAAGCCACGGAUACCAUGCAGAAAGGAAUCAGCCAUCUAGCGAUCUAAAGACUUGAAUAGACUUCACGCCCACAGUGACAAGCGAGUUAGUUUUUUUUUUAAGUGAAAUAAUUUACGUACAAAACUCAUGGAUGUGUUCGUUUACGAGUGUUAAUUUCCAAUUAAUGAUAAGACUGAAAUGGUUUUUAUAUGUCGUUUCAAUUUAACAGUUCGUUUAUUAUUAAUCUUGAUAAUGUGUUCUUAUUUUUUAAUCUAUGGUUAUAUUAUGCUUUAGACAAUGUAUCGCAUAUUCGCAUAUCUUUUAGUAUAAAUCAUUUUAAAUAAGAGCUUCAUCAUUUAUAUGUUAAUUUUCUUUAUUAUUAUCACUUUAAGGUUAACUGUGUGUCUGUUUUAUAGGUUAUAAUUGCGUAAUUUCAACAAAACAAUUUAUUCUAAUUAUUUUUUUAUUUUUUAUCUGUAGUAAAUACUUUUUUAAACAUUAAGUUAAUUACAAUUUUAAAGAUUAAGAAAAACGAUACUGGUUGGAAAUUUUUUGCCGGGAUUUUUUGAGCAAUUUCUUUAAAAAAUAUAAUUGUUACUUAGGCUCUCGUUCUGUUUAAUAGCUUAUUUUUAAGUUUAAGACGGUGGUUAUACUUAGACUAUGCUUAGUAUUAAGUAUAUACCUAAAUAUUAUACUUGUGAAAGGCACUGCGGGGUGUUUAAUUAUUAAAAGUAAAGAUUCAAUUGAAUCUAUUUAGAGGUUAUGUAGAGAUAUUGUUUAGAUGACAUACGUAGUUUCUUAAAACGAAUCUUGUAUGCGUAAUUAAUUUUUUAAUAAAUGAACAUGCAGAA